CGCCGCGAGAAGACAAUAAGUUGAACGUCCCUGGUAGUGACUUUAUACGCGUGAACAUUUCGAGAGAGAGUUUAUUUCAGUUCUAUGCGUUUUUAUUCUCAUUAUUCUUAUAUUGAACAUUCUCUUCCGUUAAAUAAGUUUAAAAUCUUGUUACAAAUUAACUGUCUAAGCUAUUAAUUACUGCUUUUCGUAUUUUUUUUUCAUUUCUAACAAUUUACUCUCAUGAUAUUGACCCUUUCGCUGUUUUUAAAUAAUUGAAGUUGAAAACGAUUUCGUUUCACGGGUAACCUCUGAAAUUCUUUAUUUUGUUAUUUUUCUUUUCUCGUUGUUGUGUCUAUUUAAGAUGACCGACCGUUGAUUGUACAACUUGCGUCAAAUGAUCCAUGUGAAUUUGCUAUAGCCACGGAAAUGCUUGCACCAUAUUGUGAUGGAAUUGAUUUAAAUUGUGGUUGUCCUCAACCCUGGGCGAUAGGUAGUGAAUUAGGAUCAGCCCUAUUAAAAAAGCCUGAAAAAAUUGCCAAUAUUGUACAUGCCGCUCGAAAUACAAUUCCCCGAUGGCGUAAUUCUCACAUGGAAAGUUGUAAAAUGUUAGACGAUAUAGAGGAUUCAAAUAAAAAUAACAAAGCAGAAAAGAAAUUUAGGUCUAUAACACGAUCUCAUGGUCCAUUCUCAAUUUCUGCUAAAAUUCGUAUACCAACUACAAGUGAUAGAUCUGUUGGAGAAGGAAGUUCAUGCGAUCCAAUCAAACUUACCGUUGAACUUGUCCGACGUUUAGCUGUAAUGGGUGUUGACUGGGUUACACUACAUGCAAGAACACCUCAACAACGUAGCAGGGACUGUGCUUCAUGGAAUGUGGUUCAAGAAUUGGUCAACUGUAAAAUUAAACAUUCUUACCUGGGUACUGAUAUCCCAAUAAUCCUGAAUGGUGAUGUCCGUGAACUAAACGAUGCAUAUUGUGCUCAGGAAAUGACGGGUUGUCAUGGUGUUAUGGUCGGUAGAGCCUUGUUAAAAUUCCCACAUCUUUUUAGUCCAAAUUAUAUCGAGGAUGAAAACUCACUUCGCUAUUUAUUUGAAGAUUGGUUACUUUUGUCUACACAAUAUACAGGAGGGACAAGUUUUGUAACUGUUCAUCAACAAGCAUAUUGGAUGAUGGAACCAUUUCUGGACAAAACAAAUAGAUUAAUUUUGCAUAGUAUUGGCAGUUUCCAAGGUUUAGUCGACUGGCUUUUUAAAUAUUUGAAGACAAAAAACAGCUGAUUCGUAUAUUUUCCUUGUACAGCAAAGCAUUUCCUACUUUAAUUGACAUACCUAUUUUCUUACAAUUAUUCUCAGAAUAAAUACAGCUGUUUCUAGCUGA